AUAGAUUUUUGAUUGUUGACCAUUCUCACUCAAAAUCUUUAUUUGGGGUAGUAGAAAAAAAAGAAAUAUCUCAUCAAAAGUAUUAUUCCUGGUGCAGUUGCGCUGAAAUUCAGUUUUAAAUUCGUUACUGUUAAGUCAUCAACGUAUUCAGUGGACGUGGAUGUCAUUUGAAGAAUUAUUUAUGUACGAAAUGCCAUCCGCUGACUACAGACUUGAGCAUUCGGAACCCUCCCAAAUGUUUGGGCCUAGCAAUAAUCCAGAUAGAAGAAACGAUGGAUCUUCUUCUGAGCCAGAACGAAAAAGGCGCCGGAAAUCGAGAUGGGGAGCCGAAGAAACAGACAAGACUUUUAUACCUGGCAUGCCUACUGUUCUGCCUACGAAUCUGAGUAAAGAACAAGAAGAAGCCUAUGUCUUGCAAUUACAAAUCGAAGAAGUCAGUAGAAAGUUACGUACCGGUGAUCUUGGUAUUCCAGUUAAUCCAGAAGAAAGAUCGCCAUCGCCGGAGCCAAUUUAUAGUCACGAUGGAAAACGGUUAAAUACGAGAGAGUAUCGAACUAGGAAACGUUUGGAAGAAGAACGACAUCAGCUGAUAAAUCGUAUGAUCAAAAUAAACCCAGAAUUCAAGCCGCCUGCUGAUUAUAAACCUCCGAUUACGAGAGUGAGUGAUAAAGUAAUGAUACCUCAAGACGUUCAUCCGGAUAUUAAUUUUGUUGGCUUAUUAAUAGGGCCCAGAGGAAAUACUUUGAAAGCCAUGGAACAUGAAACCGGUGCGAAAAUUAUUAUACGAGGUAAAGGCUCGGUAAAAGAAGGUAAAGUGGGUAGAAAAGAUGGACAACCACUGCCUGGCGAAAAUGAACCUUUACACGCUUACGUAACUGCUAAUAAUCCUGAAUAUGUGAAGAAAGCAGUCGAUAAGAUAAAAGAAAUCAUUCGGCAAGGAGUCGAAGUACCCGAAGGUCAGAACGAUUUGAGAAGACAACAGCUGAGAGAGUUGGCUUUGCUGAAUGGAACAUUACGAGAGAAUGACGGAAUACGUUGUACCAAUUGUGGUGCUACGGAUCACAAAUCGUGGGCUUGUCCUGACAAACCGAACGUUACGAUGAACGUUUUAUGUACCAUUUGCGGAGGAGCUGGUCAUUUAUCAAAAGAUUGUAAACAGAAAAGACCUGGUCAGCCUACCAAUAACGCUUCGCCUCAAGAUAAAGCAAAAAUCGACGAAGAAUAUAUGUCUUUAAUGGCCGAAUUGGGCGAAGCUCCACCGCCAUCGAUGAAAUUUGAAGGAGGUGGCGGCGGAGGUGGCGGCUCGGAAAAGAACCGUUCCAGCGGACACCUUUUCGAUAGGCCUAUGCAACAAAGAGCCAUCGCAGCUCCACCGAUGUCGUUACCAACACCACCUCAACUGAUGUCGAACGCGAUGCCACCGCAAGGCUGGCAACCUGCUCCGGCGCCCGGUAACGCGAUCCCAAACGUAGCAUUACCGCCUCCACCUCCGCCUCCCGGAACAACCGUUCCUACAAUGCCACAAGCAUGGCCUGCAAUGAUGCCCGGCUUCCAGAUACCUCCGCCGCCUUCGCAAAGUGGGGCUACGUCUUCUUCGUCAGCCACUUCUUCGGUCAUUCCGCCACCUCCGCCGCCAUUGAUGCAGCAGUGGCCAACAGCAGCACCUAUGAUGCCACCUCAUGCUAUGUGGCAGCCUGGUUAUCCAGUUAAAAAUCCGGCUGCGCCGUUACCAGCUUCUCUGGCGAAUAGUUUAAUGGCUCCACCGCCUCCGCCACCACCACCGCCCCCGAGUUAAAAAUCUACUAGCUGAGAGGUUUCGCUUUAGCAUCUUUAUGUAUAUAUGUAACGCUUUCCCAAGCACCGUUUCGUAAGUUGAUUCGAAUUCGAUGAUGGAAAGUCGUAUAUGUGAGAGUACUCUCUGAUUCGAUCUACCCUCUCCCGUUCCCUCCCCUCUCACUUCACCAUCCUUCUCAUUAUUUCUAAUAUUCUGUCUAUUUUCCUUUUUUUUUUUAAAUGUGAUUAUUACGUUGCUGGAUCGAUGUAUUAUGUAUUGAUGUAUGUAUUCGUCGUCGUCAUCGUAAAGUUUACCUCGUGCAUUAUGGUAUUUUAAUGUUAGUCUGUUUUUAUAGCAAAAUGACCGUGUCGAUUGUUCAAUCGACAUUACGCAAAUUUUCCUCUUUCUCUAGAAAUUUAGAAUAUUUUUCUUUCUUGGUCAAGAAUGUCCUAUACGACGGUUAUUAUCGAAUUUUAUUCGUUUUAGAAUGUAUUAAUCACCUGCAUUUUCUUUAUCUUCUCUCUGGUUUUGAAUCGAGAGCUGUACGCAAAUACAGGGUAUAUAAAAGUACGAUAGAUUAUUUAUUUUUGAUGACAUUUUUGCUUUUGUCAUUGCAAUUUGUCAUUAGUGAGCUGUCCUGCGGAGUAUUUCAUCGCAAAUUUUAUCGAUUUUGUCUUUGUAAAAAUGUACUUUUAACAGUAUAUAAUGUGUAAAGAUGUUGUUUACUAUUUUCAAGCUAAUAAAGAAAUUACGUAAGUGACACGAUUCAUCGAA